AUGAAUUGCCAAGUGCCCCUUCCUUGUUUGCCAUCAAAUCAUCAAGCUCAAAGUAUGGCAUGUCCAAAAAUAUGGUUGUCCAAGGUGGGGAGGGGGGGGGAGGGAAUGGGGAAGGGGAAGAAGUCACUGCUUACUCACUGCACAAAAUAGUCAGUGCUGUUCCCCCUUGUGAAAGUCACUGCACCAUUUCCCCAUGCCACAGAAAAGAUCAGGGGCUGAAGAGCCCCACCUGAGAGAUCUGUGGGUGGGUUCAUCCCCAUUGCCAGUCCUUGUCCUGUUUGUCUCUUCCAGGAUGGCUGGCUUGAGAGUGGACUUCAGCGUGCUCCUGGAGCCUCUGGGCUUUGUUAAGGUCCUUGAAUGGAUCUUUGCCAUUUUUGCUCUUGCCACAUGUGGAGGCUUUCAAGGUAAAACUACCCUUCUAGUUUCCUGCAAAGGUGUGGUAAACAAAACAGUUACAGCUGCUUUUGCUUAUCCAUUCAGGUUGAAUACUGUUGAAUUUAGUGCACCAGACCCAAAAGGCUGUGCUGGUACUUGGACUGAUGUCCAUCUCGUGGGCAACUUCUCCUCUUCUGCACAGUUCUUUGUUACACUUGGGUCGCUGGUGUUCCUCUACUGCAUUGCUGCCCUUGUGGUAUAUAUUGGAUAUAACCAUGUGUAUCAGCAAAAUAACAAGUUUCCACUAACUGACUUGGCUAUCAGUGUCUUGACAGCCCUUCUGUGGCUAGUCAGUACUUUUGUUUGGGCAAAGGCACUUGCUGACAUCAAAAUGUCCACAGAGGCCAACAUUAUUCCAGGAAUCGGAGCUUGCAAAGCACCAGGAACAACGUGUAAUUUUGUUUCCGUGACCAGCAUGGGAAUUCUGAACUUGUCUGUGGUGUUUGGCUUGCUUAAUGCAGCUUUAUGGGGAGGAAAUGUUUGGCUUGUAUACAAGGAUACCAAGUUGCAUAACCAAUGGAACAGAAUUUCUGAAAGUCCAGCUGAAAGAGGAGUAUAAAAACAAGUUGAUACUUGAAAAUGCUUCCACUUCUACACCUCACUGCCAAGAUCAUAGAUUCAUUAGGAUUUGUUUCAAUAACAACUGAUAAUACUUCAUAAAAACUUCUGGGUUUGUACUAUGGUUUGACAUAAGGUCUUGCAUAUUCAGUUGAAGCACUUAAUUAUCUUGAAAUAUAUUAUGCCUUUUGAAAUUGUGCAGCUCUUCUUAUUACAGUUUUGAGGAGCAAAAUUACGAGGUUAUCUAAAUGCUGACCCUUUCUGAUUCUUAAUAUAGCCUUAAAGGAGGGAUGG